AUGGAUCCACCACCUCAUAGGAAUCUCCAUGCAUCUGGUAUCCCCAGACUUUCCGGGUUGCCUCUUCCGCGGGCUGCCGUGAAGGUGCCUCCGCCAGAGCCUACCAGGUAUGCACUCAAAGGUCGAGCUGUGCCCGAAAAGCGAGCAAAAAAUGUCAUUAAUACGACGAUUCCUGUCGAGAUCGACAGUGGGGCUAGUCCUUCAAUGCAACAAGCGGCUACUAGAUCCCAGACGGUUGAAGCAUCAGUAGCCAGCGAUAUAGAUGAUAUCCGGCUAGACCCUCCCAACAAGCCACGUACGGUUCCUCGACGACCCAGGCCUUCUUUGUCGGACAGGACCAUAGAGACCCUUUCCCAGAUACCGCCCUCGCCAUCUCCACGCAGACGUAGAUCCAGCUUCUUCCCAUCGGAGAGUCCUGUGCCCCCGUCGUCACGGCCAACGUCAUCCUUGAGUAGGUCUCGCCCCAGUACUAGCCAUGGUCAGCGGCCGCCUCAACCGCCCGGUUUUCCAACUCCAAGGCCGCCGUCGCCCACCAAGCGCCAAGUGGAGCCAACGACUGGAAACCGGAUGUCACAGAUUACGCCCAGUAAAAGAGCGGUCAGCUCUCAUGUUCCCCGAACUUUAACCCCUUCAAAAGAUACACUGAACCGCACUCUCGAGCUGACACCGUCGAAGCCGCCAAUGCCGAGCAUUGGAACUUUGGCUCGGCACAAAGAUGAGACUCUUACCGAUAAGCGCGCGAUGAGACCCGGCAGGGCCAGUCAGACCUUAGCUGCAAGACCCUCUAAACAACGCCCGUCAAUCCAUGGUGCAUUCGCUAAACCACUGCCGAAACUGAGGGAUAAGCCUGGAGGCAAACCCGCUCUGGGUACGAGGGAGAUAUUACCUACCAUAUCGACAGAAGCUACUGACCCCUGCCCUGUUUUCCCUCGUACUUCAAAGAUGUCCUCACAGACUUUCUCCGAAUCUACUGGGCCAACAUCUACAAAUUCGAAGGCGCAAAAAUCAUCAGCUGCUCUCCGUGAGACAAUCGCGAAAGCUAAAGCAGCACGCCACAAACUCGCUCAGUCGCAAACCAUAGAUAAUUUCGUUCCAUCCACACGGGUGACAGAUGACUUUCCCGUAAUUGAAAUCGGAGGCAGCAAUAAAGGCCUCUUGCGCAAGCGUGUGGCUUCCGCCCGGGCUGAUGGACGGCUCAAUAUUGCUGCGAUGGGAUUGAAGGACAUGCCUAGCGAGGUACUGAACAUGUACAAUGCUGAAUUUGUCGACACUGGUGAUGGAGCUUGGUACGAAAGCGUUGACCUCGUCAGGCUAGUAGCCGCAGAUAAUGAGUUUGAGCAUCUCCGCGAGGAUGUCUUUCCAGAUACCGUAGCUGAAGCUGACAGUGCAAUGGAUGAUGACUUCCAAGGAAUGCUGUUCGCUGGCCUGGAGGCACUUGAUCUACACGGCAACCAUCUACAGCUACUCCCCUUAGGUUUACGGAGAUUGGAGCAGCUGGCGAUGUUGAACCUUUCGAAAAACAAACUUGGAAAUGAGAGUCUGAGUGUUAUCACUCAGAUCGGGUCUCUGCGGGAGCUACGACUCGCUAACAAUACUCUCGAUGGAAUGCUCACUCCGCAGCUUAGCAAUCUAACGAAGCUAGAAACUCUUGACGUUUCCAAUAACGCCAUUACUACUCUACCGCCUAACAUUGACGAGAUACCGAGGCUCCGCGUCCUGAAUGUCGCUGGGAAUAAGCUGUCGUCUUUGCCCUUCGAGCUUUUUGUAUCUUUACCCAUGGUGGAGAUAGAUGCUGCUCGAAAUCGACUUGGUGGAGCACUUUUCCCCGCCUGUGUAUCAGGGUUACCAGAUUUGAAAACUUUGGACGUCGCAAACAAUGCUUUGACUUUGAUAGUAGAGAGUGGAGCAAUUGAUCUUCCAUCUCUCCAGUCUCUCAACGUUACAGAGAACAGACUAAGACAAUUGCCGAAUAUGUUGCGUUGUACGGAACUUCUUACGCUAACGACGGCGGGAAACAGACUGGCCUCACUUCCCGAGAGCAUCGUAUCUCUGAAAAAGCUGAAGAGUGUCGACUUCAGCAGAAACGAUAUUAAGAAGCUCGAUGAGCGGCUUGGGCUAAUGGAUACUCUGGCUAUGCUACGAAUUGCUCAUAAUCCUCUGAGAGAGCGCAAGUUCUUGACUAUGGACACUGAUACUCUGAAGCGCGAACUGCGAAGCCGCAUCCUGCCGGAAGAAUCCUCUGAAACUGUGGGAGGCGACAUACUCUACCAAGGCGCAGGUCCAGCCUCCGGCACGGACACUGCAAUUUCUCAAGCAUGGCACAUCACCCCUUACGGUGUUGUUGACCGCUCAUCGGCAAAUCUCGAAGCCAUCGAACCCUCAGAUCUCGACUCCUUCAUUCAGAAGAAGGAUGUUAAGACACUUAUCCUACAUCAUAAUCUCUUUACACAGCUUCCUCAAGCGAUAGAGCUAAUGAGCAAUUCUCUAAGGAUGUUGGAUCUCUCCCGCAAUAAGCUCACUGGUAGUAGCUGCUAUAUCCUCACGGAUCUCUCGCUUCCUAAUCUCAGAACACUAAACCUCUCGAAUAACGCAAUAACGUCGUUGUCUCCACUCCUCGAUCUCCUCUCCGCUCCUCAGCUAUCGGAGAUUAACGUUUCCCGUAAUCGUCUCACUUCUCUUCCUGUCCUCCGAAAGUCUUUUCCGGCAUUGAUGUCUGUCCAUGCUUCGCAAAACAGUAUAUCGGAGCUGCGGGUCGAGUCUGUGAAAGGCUUGCAGGUGUUAGAUGUCAGUGGAAAUGCCAUUGCUCAUCUAGAUCCUAAAUUAGGCCUGCUAAGUGCGGAAGGCUUGAGAACGCUGGUUAUUGGAGCCAAUAUAUUCAGGGUGCCCAGGAGGGAAGUGAUAGACAAAGGAACAGAGGCUGUGCUGGCAUGGCUGAAGGGCAGGAUACCGGAGGAAGAGAUACAGGAUUUUGCUCAAACAAAGACUAUGCAGAACUUUUAG